AUGGAUCCGCUGCUACCCAUCGCUCCCGCGAGGGUCAAGGCGCUUCUCCUGCCAGUUGGUCGCAUCAAGGCCGAUCGCUUCGCCCCCUUUGUCGACAGGUUACAGAGCGAGCAUGUCGUCCAUCUCCGUGAUAUAACCGCCGACGGGCGGCCAAACAGAAACAUGUUUUCACCCCUGGCCUACCCCAACGGCGCCAUGCUAUAUGACCUCAUCACCCACGUCCCUCCUCCGUCGCACAUCGCCCUGUCCCCCUUCGACCUAUACCGGGAACCCUUGGCCGUCAUUGCACUGGCUGACGGCAAAGAGCUGGACGGCGCCGCCUUCAGCAAGAGGACCUCACUCGGCGGCCCGGGGACUACGCCCACCGAGAGGAACAUACGGGCUCUGCACCAACAGCUCGAAGAGCUGCGCGACCAGUACCCUCGCGCCCUCGUUCACCGCGUCCUCAUCUUCGACUACAUAGCUCCCGACUCGGGCAUACUACCCAUCCCCGACGAUAUGUUCGUCAUCCCCCCCGCCGAGGAGUCCCUCCGGACCACGAUAAAGACGGUCAUGUGCGACAUAUCUUCUGUGCUGCUGGGCGAGAUGACGACCCUGGCGAAGUCCUUUGAAGCCAUGACAUCGGUUGAGUCUCCCACCCCGGCCACGGGGAGGUCGCCAGGUACGCUAUCGCCCGACCUCGACGGGUCCAAUGGCAACAGCGUGAUGCAGAGGAGGAACUCGCACUUUGCACCCCCCCAGGCUAACGGCCGCUCGGACAAAAGCCACGCCCGGAUGUCCAUGCCGCCUGUGCCCUCGCACUCCUCGUCCUUCUCCGCAUUCACGUCGUCCAAGACGUCCCCCACCCCCGGGGGUGAUGACGGCCAGAGCUCUGGCAACUCGACACCCGAUACAGGUAGCCCUCGGCCCGACACGCCCCAGACCUCGGCCAAAGACGCCGUCAACAACCGUGUCUCGGUACACGGUUUCGGUCCCGGCGGUGUCAACGAGAAGUGGCGCCUCAAGGGCAAGGGCAGGAUAUCCAUCAUUAUCGGCUCCAUGUACCUGCAGGCCGGCCGGUGGGCCGACUCCCUGAACGAGCUGAUGGAGGGUGCCACCGCCACCCGGUCGCUCAACGACCACAUCUGGCAUGGCAAAGCUCUGGAACUCAUUCUCAUGAAUCUGCUCCUCCUCGGUUGGUCGGGGCUAGAGUUUGAUGUGCCCCAGGUUUGUCUCCCCGCCCAGGAGGGCCCUAAGUUUACGUCGUGGCCCAAGGCCGAUUCGCACCCCAUCGUGCCCGAUCAGCCCAAGCAUGUCCGGAACCUGCAGGUCGUCCUGCCCGAGCUUCUCGAGCGCAUCAUAAACCUGUACUCGCGCAAGCGCGCCGACUCAGAGAAGCUACCUGCCCUGCCCUUUGCCGAGACUACCAUCCGUUUCUGCAAGAUCCUCUCCGCCCUGCACCUCUGCGGUGGCGACCUCAACCGUCAGUCCCUCGACAUGAUUGUCACGGGCAAACUCCCUACUAAGGAGCUCUCUACGUCGCCUCGGCUCAACGUUGUGCCUUCUAGGCAGCAGAUUGUCAGCCUCUUAUUCGACGUGUUCCCUGGUCACGCGUCGUCCGAGCUGCUCACCACGGCCGAUCGGGCUUCCAUCCUGAGUGGUAUCGCUGCCGUGCUGAAUCCUCUGGGACUGCGCCGCAAAAGGGCCAUGGUCAUGCGUGAGCUCGUGUCGGUCCUCAUAACUGGUUUGGUUGAGGCAAGGACUAGAGGUGCCGCCGAGGCCGGCUUCCAUCCGGCCGCGGGACUCGUGUCCCUAGUCCCCGGCACGGAUCCCCGUAGCGGCGUGGCGCUAGACAUCAGUGCCAACGACGUUGAGCAGGGGCUGGAUGCCUUCCUUGGCCUGCUCUGCAGGUCGUACGGAGCUGUCGCGGCGGCCUCUGAUAACAAGGUAUCGCCAGAUGACAGGGACUCUGACGAGGCCAUCAAGGCCAGGAUCUAUGAGCAGUCCGCCGCGCGCCUGUUUGGGUUCACAGGCAUCAAGCUCAAUGUCCUGCGGGCGUGCAUCAACUUUUCUGAGGCGCUGCCUGAUUUCAACGGCGUGCUUCAGUUCUCAGCAGAUCUGCUUCGUACGGCCGGCGCAGGUGUCGCCCCAGGAACCCAGAGGGAGGACAUCACCCCCACCAUACACCCAGAGGAGGAGGUUAGAGUCACCAGCAACAUUGCCAGGGCGUGGACGCUCGCACACCAGCUGGGACUGAAACACCCGGGAGCCGAGUACUGGGAUGAGUUUCUCGUCAGGGGCGUCAAGCUUGAGCCUCUACCUAACACCAGGGCACCUGUCCCCCACGCUCACAGCGCCCUUCCCGGCGCCUCGGCUGGGCGCGAGUCGCAGGACGUCGACCCAUUCAUCUACAAUCCGUUCCUCAAGAAACCUACCGAGUCCAAACAGAGCUUUUUGGUGGCCAACGAGCCUGCCAUCUUCAGGGUCAGCCUGCAAAACACAUACGACAUGGAGAUCGAGAUUGAUAGUAUACGACUCGAGAUGACCGGCGUACCCUUUGACGCCACCCCUGAAACUGCUCGGCUCGGCCCCAACCGCACGCAGCUCCUGCGGCUCACAGGGAAGGCUAAGGAGGCUGGUGACUGCCAGGUGACGGGCGUCAUCGUCAAAGUACGGGGAUGCCGCGAAAGACGAUUCCCCAUCUUCAGCAGUCCCUGGAGACCCGUACGCGACAUCAAGAUCAAGGCCCGGGGUGUAAAGGCCCUCGAGGAAGGGGCAGAGGCCGUGAAGCGAGCCAGCCCCCCGCUAGAGAUGAGCACGCUCGGCCUCACGGCCAUUGCGCCGCAGCCUUUUCUGGUGUUGACGUCGAUGACGCUGCCUCAGUCGUCCGUCAUGGUUCUGGAGGGCGAGAGGCAUAUCUUCUCCGUCACCCUGCGGAACCAGUCGCCCACGCCCGUUGACUUCAUGCUCUUUUCCUUCAGGGACUCAACACAGGCGCCUCUGCAGGCUGCUCUGAAUAGCCGCGACUCGACGGCCAUCGAGAUACACGAGUACGAGCUCAUUCUCAUGAAGAAGCAGGCUCUCAGGUUGCCGACAGCCAAGUCGAAGCAGAGGCGCAACAUUGCUCCAGGAGCAGAGGAGACGUUCGACUUCCAGAUCUUAGGCAAGCCCGGCUUAACAGAGGCCGCCAUCCAGGUUGACUACACGAACCUAGGUGUGCCGCGCGAUGAGGUCACAGAGCAGUUCUACACACGCCAGCUGACAAUUGACCUCACCGUCACGGUGAAUGCGAGCAUCGAGCUCGCCAGGGCUGACAUGCUGGCGCUCACGGGUCCGGCACUUGAAUCCAUUGUGGCUAAUCGCUGCAGCAAGCUUUCUGCCGAGUCCUCCACCGACAUCGAUGCCAAUGAUUACUGCCUUCUGUCGCUAGAUCUUCGAAACUCGUGGCCCGCGCAGAUCACCGUCCACAUCGAGGACGACGACGGCCUGGCUGUAGAGGAGUCCAUCCUGCCCGGCAACACCAACCGCAUCCUCAUGCCCAUCAAACGUAUCUUCAUUGAAAACCCGCACAUGACCAUCCCCAGCCUCAACCCGACGCAGGACAGCAGACAGUUUGUCGUCAGCACGCACAAGAUCACACCCGAGAUGGAACGCGCCAAUCGCGAGGCCUUCUGGUACCGUGAGAAGAUGCUAAAUAGCCUCAAGGCCACGUGGGCGACGACGUCGUCGAAUCCGAAUCGCAACGGAGCCCUGGAGCUUCGGAGUCUCCCCCUCUGCCACCGGUCCCUAAAUGUGGCCCUCGACCACACGCGCAAGCUGGCGUGGAACGGUACCCUACAGCAGGUCCUCCCCACACUACAGGGCCAGCAGAGCGGUCAUUUUACGAUCGGCAUGACACCCCUGUGCAGAGGAGAGUUUGAGCUGACAGCCUCGGUGGAGGAGGUCCAUAUCCAUGAUGAUGGUGACGACGACGAGAAGGAGAAGCGAGGCAGCAGGCAGCAGGGGCAGGGGCAGGAUCAGGUGGGAAGGCAGAGGUCGAAUACCCAGACUAUGGUGGACGAUGCGGCACUAGGAGUUCAAGGGAGGAGGGUUUGGCAUUCUAGGCAGCCUUUUAUACUUGCUGUGAUGGAUUGA